AUGGCAACCAUCAAGGCCAUCGAGGCCCGCUCGGUUCACCAAAUCCAAUCCGGCCAAGUCAUAGUUGAUCUUAACUCGGUGAUCAAGGAGCUUGUCGAGAACAGCCUAGAUGCUGGCGCCACAUCAAUCGAGGUUCGAUUCCGAAACAACGGCCUCGAUUUGAUCGAAGUCCAAGAUAAUGGCAGCGGGAUCGCCCCUGAGAACUACGAUAACGUGGCCUUAAAACACUAUACAUCCAAGCUCUCCUCUUACGAUGACCUCCUCCGCCUCCAAACCUUCGGUUUCCGCGGCGAAGCCUUAUCGUCACUAUGCGCGCUCUCGGAGUUCCGCAUCACCACCGCCCAAGCUAGCCAAGCCCCGCGCGCGACCCGUCUUGAGUUCGAACAGUCAGGGAAGCUGAAAAAGACACAAGUAGUCGCAGGGCAAAAAGGUACAACGGCUUCCGUUGAAGGUCUCUUCAAGAAGCUGCCCGUCCGACGACGCGAGCUAGAGAAGAACAUUAAGCGGGAGUAUGGAAAGGUCUUGAAUUUGCUGCAUGCUUACGCCUGCAUUAGCACAGGAGUGCGGCUCGCUGUCAAGAAUACGCAGGCCAAGAAGACAGCGGUUGUCUUCACGACAAACGGCAACCAGACGACGAAGGAGAAUAUUGCGAACGUCUACGGGGCGAAGACACUCCUUGCGUUGAUACCACUUGAUCUAGAGCUUGAGUUUGAGCCGUCGAGGCGGAUGGCUGGAGCCAGCGGCGGAGAUAUGAACAGGAUCCAGGUGCGCGGACACAUUUCGCGGCCUGUUUUCGGAGAGGGACGACAGACGCCCGAUCGGCAGAUGUUUUUUGUCAAUUCGCGCCCUUGUGCGUUGCCGCAGAUCGCUAAAGCUUUCAAUGAGGCGUAUAAGUCAUUUAACGUGGCCCAGUCGCCGUUUGUAUUUGCCGACUUCCAGAUGGAUACGAAUGCGUAUGAUGUCAACGUGUCGCCGGACAAGCGGACGAUUUUGUUGCACGAUGCGGGAGCGCUUAUUGAGUCGCUGAAGGAGAAUCUUCAGACGCUAUUUGAGUCGGCGGAUCAGACUGUGCCGCAGUCCCAGGUUCUGGGGAAGUUGCCGCUCGCUAGACAGCGGUCGCUGCCGGAAACUACCAGGGCUGCUAGAGCCACGCAGCAGGAGGCAUCAGAUGAUGAGGAAGGUGAUGAAGAAAGGGCGAGUCAAUUGAAUGCGCAAGAUAGGAUGAAGAGCCUUUCUGGCGACAUCAGGGCUCGUGAUUCCCGGCCAGAUGAACCAUCACCUAGCAAAACACCCAGCAAACAACCUCCACCUGUCUCAUCUAUUUCGCGUACCUUGUCUGCGCCAGUACAAGGCACUCCUCAAGAUACAACGGAAGAUAGCAACUCCGACGACGAGCUUUUCGUCAGCCAGAGCCAGAAUCCACCCCAGCCAGAAUUAGAAAACCAGGGCGUUGAGAAUUACACGCAAUCAUCCCAAGACCAUGAGCUUCCGUCGGAUUUUGAAAUGCCUAACGCCGUACAAAACGCAUUUGAUCACAUGAGGCCGAGACGUGUACCGGCUGAGAUGGCAACCAUCACUAUUGGCAACAGGACAGUCACGACAAUGGUAGGUAGUGGUGUACCUAGGAAGAGAGACAUGGGCGAUACAAUCCCUUCUCCGGCGAGGAAACGACGAAUCCAUACCCCAUCUCGCCCUAGCAUAUUUGGUCGUAUGCAGGAUUUUGCGGCCCCGGGGUCACAGAUGUCUGCUCACGAUGACGAGGAGCAGGAGCAUAUCGAGGAUGACGAGGAUGACGAGGUAGAAGAUGAGGAUGAAGAAAUCGAGGACGUAUCCGGCGGAGGUGAGGCAGAGGCGGAAGAGGAAGAUAUCGAAGGCACACAAAACGCAGUCGAGCAAGAGGCGGAUGAUGCUGAAUCAUUUGCACCGUCAGACGAUAGUGCUAGCCAGCCCGAUGAGCACGUUCAUACUGAGCCGGAGCCGCCUGACGAGGACAUGAACGACGAGGAGAAAAAGAGACACGAAGACGCCGAAGUCCAGCGGCUCAUCCAGGAAGCAGAGAAAGCCACCCAGGCCAACAGUGCUACACGAGCAAACAAACUGAAUAAAGGCGUCAGCCAUCGCGAUUCAACCGUGCACCUUGAAACAACACUCAACGGGUCCUUCCCCAGAAUCCAAACGCAAGAAACCCAUCUCUCCACCACUCGCAGCAAAUGCAACAUCACAUCCUCUCAAGACGAACCCGAAGAACCCAGCCUCUCCCAAGUAGCGCCAGAAGAACGCCUCUCCUUAACAAUCUUCAAAGAGGACUUCUCUCGCAUGCGCAUCCUCGGGCAAUUCAACCUAGGCUUCAUCCUUGCCUCGCGAUCCAAAGGACAAAAAGACGAGCUUUUCAUAAUCGACCAGCAUGCCUCCGAUGAAAAAAUCAACUUUGAGCGCCUCCAAUCCACGACCACUGUCCAGAACCAGCGCCUCGUCCACCCAAAGCGACUGGAUCUCACCGCUGUUGAAGAGGAAAUCGUCAUUGAAAACCAGGUCAUUCUCGAAAAGAACGGCUUUGUUGUUGAAGUUGAUGACUCCGGCGAUGAACCCAUUGGUCGACGAUGCAGUCUUCUGUCACUACCGUUAUCUAAAGAAGUCACUUUCAAUCUCAAGGAUCUGGAGGAGCUUAUCGCUAUUCUUUCGGAGACUUCCACGUCGCAUAGUACGGCUACAAGCGUCGAUAUUCCCCGCCCCAGCAGAGUUCGCAAGAUGUUCGCUAUGCGCGCGUGCCGCUCAAGUAUCAUGAUUGGAAAGACACUUACGCAUAAGCAGAUGGAGCGCGUGGUCAGGGAUAUGGGGGCUAUUGAUAAGCCGUGGAACUGUCCGCAUGGGCGGCCAACCAUGCGCCAUCUUGCUGGUUUGGGACAAUGGGAGGAGUGGGAUGAGUAUGAGUAUGGGAAUGAUCGUGCUGGUGCUGAUGAGGAGGAGUUAGCAGGAAGUUAUCUGGAGGUAAUGGUAUGGAGGCAAUAUGCGAGGGAUAUGGCUGAGGAGAUGGAGGAGUAA